AUGGAUGUAUGUCCGCUACCGGUAGUGUCGCGCCGUUCCGCGACGUUCGGCCCUCAUUCUCGGCACACUCCUCGGAGCUUCGGUGGAUACUCUUCGACAUCGCACAGCAUGGUUGCCCCCAAACGCAUGAAGAAAUUCAUGGCUAAGUUUUUCCACAAUCCCCGCAGGGAGAAGCUAGUCUACGAGGUAGAGACUAAGCCACCAAGCCAUGUAUCAGGGUUCACCGACGACGUUGUUCAGCGAGAACCGGAACGGCUCGCCGAAUGCCGUCUUGGGAUCAACGAGGAGGGAACUCGUAACGACGAGGCUUCCACACAAGGUCUAGUAAAGGAGAAAAAUCUUGCACCGGUGAAGCGAUCAGCGAAGAACCCAAAAACUGAGCCGAACCGUGAGCUCAGAGCAGUCAAAUCAGGACACAACAAGCCCUCUCCCCGCCGGAAUUUGUCCUUCAAAAGAUCAGCCGAGUCAAGCAAUGGAAGCCGCACUCCAACCAGCUUGCCCCUAAUAACCACUCCCCAAAAUGAUACUUCCGGUAGCCGCUUGCGUAGGCCAAAACCGAACUUAGAGGCGAACAUACCACGUCCACUAUCCAUGACCAGAGCUCCGAGACCGCAAAACCAGCUAUCCAGUGCACAAACGCGUCGAUUUAUAUCCCUAAGAUACUCCAAGCGUGCUUGGGAGCCGCGAGAUGGACAAGUCCCAUCACACCCUGACCUUAGCACGUCAAACUCGGAAGAAGAAUCACCCGACGGGACUCUGGUGUCGACGAUGGAUUCAGUAUUGAACAAGGGCCUACAACCUUCCUCAGCCUCGACUGGCUGCCUGGGUGGUCUGCCAUUCAUAAAGAAUACGCAUAAACGAAAGCCAGUGUCCGACGUGUUCGCCAUAGCAUCCAACAGAAAUUCUCAGCAUGGAAGCUCCCCGGGCACGCUGUGUGAUGGCCGUAGUCCACACACUUCGUUGGUGUUGAAUGGAGUCAAAAACGGUCCUUCAAGGCAGUCCGGAGGGCACCCACCUAUUCCGCAGAUUGCCCAGGUUGUUAGGAAAGCUUCUGAGCAUCCGCUAAUUGAGAAACAUGAGGAUGCGGUCCCCCCACCGCAAUUGGAAAGACCCGAUGCAGACGUGGGUGCUCUUCAAACCCAUCAGACAGGGGAACACAGUGCCGUCGAUGCAUGGCUCGAAGCCCGUGAUCGUAUGGAAGCUAUCAAUGAUGAAUCGACUCUGUUACAGCACCCAGCAGUGGAAGAUACUCGAGCUGAGCAGCAGAAGCCAGUAGCGGACAGCAUGCCUGCAGCGGCUCCUCGCUGCGACGCAGGCACCGGAAGUCGCGGCCGAGAUAAUAUCGAGGUUCCAAAGUUCUCUUGCGGGCCCUUACAAGGGCCGUCGGAGGAAAGCACUGACUUCCUGCCUGAGAUUCUCGCUGGCAGUACGAGCCUAAUUCCCAAGGAUGUUUCCUUAGAUUUUUCGCGCAUCUCACAUCCUGCUGCGCAUCCAUUUACUAUUCGACGAACGGCUUCUGCUAGCAACUCACAACCGGUAGCCCUCUGUACACUAAUGUCGCAGUUCAGCGAGGAGCUUGGGCAGGGCCUGGAAGAUUCGAGCAGCGAAUACCAGGGCGCAGGUCAGAUUGCUGAAACAGCCACUGAACGGCCGCUACUUCCGCGAAAGGCUUCAAGCAGGAGGAAGUCUAUCGCCCCUUCGUUCCCCGACGGCUCGUCACCUUCGGCUACACCUGGUAUAUUCCAGGAUCCUUACCCGAAGACCGUCGCGCCGUCAAGCGCUGCAGGCCUUUUAGGACAAGAUACUGAUCGCUCCGAUUCGGCACCACGAGGGGACGAUGAGCAGAUCCAUGCCCCGUAUGAGGAAGCUAUGCUCUCGAAUCCCCCGAAAUUGAAGGGGAAGCAGAAGGCCGAUUGCGAAUGCCCCCUCGCACCCCCAACAGAGGAUGCCUUGGAGACAGCUGUUCUUCAAGCUUUGGGCAAACCUUCGGAAUCUCCAGCUACCUCCACCAAGGGAGAAGACGAUGUAGCCUCCUGGCGUUGGAAAGGCAAACAGGGAGUAUAUCGGGACGCCAGACCCUCAGACGAAGAGCUCGAGGAAGCCCUUCGUCAGGCCCUUAACCAUGCUUCGUUUUCGAAAGCGAGUUCGUCGGUCGGUCGUCAACCUUCAAAAGCCAGACAUUCUUCACUCCCUCUGACACCACUUGCUCGACCAUCACCCGAGCAGCUGCAAGAAGCUCUGCAGCAUGCUCUUACCUUCUCCCCCUCUUCCCCCUCGCCCACACCCUCGACCGUUGAACUCAAUGAGCUCCUCAGCCGCUCCGCGCCCGUGUCGCGCGUGAACUCUCGCGGCUCGAGCAUAUCAGUCGCCAAGGAUCCUAUCACCGGAUCCAGGUUCAAGGAACUCUUCGACGCGCCAGGUCUCCAGCGGCUACCAAGCUACAGUAGUGGUGCCUCUGCUCGGCGCGAGAAUCCCAAGCUGAAGCACAGACACUCUGCCAGAGUCCUAGGCAACGGCAAACCAGCUGCGCCAGGAGAAGAGAUGGGCGGUGUUGCAGGACCGACAGAUUGCCAGACGGGGAGCGGGAGAAAUUUCACCGGCUCAUACCAUCCGCAAGCGAGGCGAAGCGCCCCACCGGAUAGAGACCUGGCUUCGCAAGCGGCUGCUCUGCUAGAGGCGUCACUCUACUCCACACCUCCCCCAGAGUCGAUCUAUUCGGCCCAGCAUUUCAGGUCCCAUGGCCCGAAUGGUUUCUUGAAGGGCAUCAGGGGCGCUAACAGGCAGAGCAUGUCGUCAGCUGCACGCGAGUACCUCAACUCGGUGAAUGAGGAGACUAUUGGAGCGCAUUGCGCUAAUGAGGCGAGGACCGGGCUGCCCAGGUGGGGCCAUGAUGAAGUGCAGCGCCGGAGGCAGAGCAGGAUUGCGGAGGGGAAUGGCGAUGAGGCUUCUGCCGCUCCGGGGGAAUAGUCGGAGCAAUCGACAUUUGCGUUCGUGUGCGCUCGCGCCUGGCCUUUCGCUCUUAACUCGCGGACGUCGUGUGCUCCGCAAAACACGCACGCUCUGCACCGUGAAUCUCGCAGCUGCCCUUGCCAUCC